UGCGAAGCGAGCUGUGUGUUUUUCAUUCCCUAUAUAGUACUACGCGCCCACAACAUUAUCGUUUUCGGUGUAAAGUGCAUCCGUCUGGCACGAGAAACAAGCGCGAACCCAUCGAUUGUGUACGGGGCGGGUCCCGAAACGUUACAGCUGCAACAAUGUCCACAAACAGUGGCGGCAGUGCUGGUGGACAGUACCCAGCGAUUGUAGCAGUCUCCAACUACCACGAUAUUUACGUUCAACAGCAGCCCGGCCAGGAAGAACUAGAUAGCACAAAUACAACCACCUCAGCUCCACCGGUACCACAGCCAACAGUGAUAGUGUCCUCGCAGUCGGGUACACAGACCAGAAGCGACAGCAGUUCUCUCUACUACCCGACAGCUCCACCCGUCCCGUACAGUGAGCUCGGGGAACCGAGCACCUCACGGCGCGGAGAACCGCCCAGCUACGAUGAAGCGGUGGACGUGGAAGCGCCACCACCGUCCUACGAUUCCCUGUUCGGAAGGGUCCGAGAAGCGCGCAAAACUUCCCGAGGAAUUUUGGAUUUUUUAGUAAACAUUGUUAUUCUGGUGCUUGGCACACUCGGUUGCACCAUCGCCCUGGGCAUUACGAUCGUCAUACCGGUGUGUAUGAUCGUGUUCGGUUCCAUCUACCUGUACGAUUGCCCGCAGGGUGAAUACAUACCGGUGUAUCUGCUGGUCGGCGGUGGUUUCGGUGUGCUGAAACAAUUGCUACACCUUUCCACACGCGUCCGCAGCCGGGAGGAACAGGAACUGGAACGAUUGCGGCAGACACCGACGCAAACGCUCAUCAACUGCUUCAUGCUCGGUUGGUUCAUUAUCGGUUCGUUUUGGAUCUACCAAAUCUACGAACCGAACUACGAUCCGGCACUGGGCAAGUACUGCAACAAAUCCCUGUACCUGUUCACCUUCUGGCUCAUCACGUCCGUCUACAUGAUGCUGUUCGUCGUUACGAUCGUGCUGUGCAGUGUCAGCAUCAUCAGCCUUUGCUUUCACCGGCAAACCUAACCGGUACUGCCGGACGUUUCGACGGAUACGGGCCCUGCACAGCCUCACCUGACCAAUGCGCACCACUAGAAGCCAUCCUGCAUGCGGCUAGGAAACGUCUGCGCACAUUAUUAUUCGCCGUGAGAAGCUUGUUGUCGUAAUGCAUCAACCGUUGCACAUCAUUACAUCUGAUCUUUUGUAAAAGAUUGGGUUUAUUUGUUGAACGAAUUGUGGAUGGUUGGACAGAACUCGAUAGAAACUCGUUUUUUACAAAGGUUUUAAUUAGCUUCGGUUUAUUCCCUCUCAGUGGUUUUUUUUUUUGCAUUCGUACAAUCGAUGUGAUCUGCACCAAAUAGCAUCUCGCCGUCGAAACAAACAGAUACGUUGAACGUGUUUGAUAGCUCCUUGAGAGUGUGUUGCUUUUUUAUGAUAACCCCUUGAUGUGGUAAGUCGCAUAAGUUGCAAUAAGUAUUAAUAUUGCACAAUCACGAUGUUUUUCGGGAAGAUCUCGUAUCUGUAAGGAUACCCAGGACCCCUUUUCUGCGUUCCAACUGCAGCCACUUGAAUGUUUUUUUUUGUUUGAAGAGCAAUUGUCUUUCAGCUUAAUGCUUGAUGCCGAAAGCAAAUGAUGAGAUGGGAAUAUAUUUUGCUUUGGACAAACACCCGAAUAUAUUGACGAACUGAUCUAGUAAAUUACUCCUCUCUUCCAUUUAUCGCUUUCUUUUCCAUUGCUCCAAAUGCAAACUAUUUUUAUAAAUUAAGUUAAUCGAUACCACCCAACAAGCACGUACGCUGGUUGGCGUCAAACUUAUCUCCCUAAGUUGCUCACAACCGAACUCGAGACAGUCGAGCACUUGUCCGUGGGGUCUGUGUGGCAUCGCAUAAGUAAUGCGCCGUUUCGUUGGUCUAUUUACAACCAAAACUGUAUGCCUCGAAGUUUCUAAGCAUGUACUAUGUGCGUAUGCUUCCUUAUGCUUUUAAACGAGCCGUGCGCACGUUUGCUGCACGUGUGCUCCUCUGCGGUAAAAAAAACAUAAAAUAAAACGCCAAAUCUAUAGUGUACAGUAACAAAAAAAAACACACACAAAAAGCUGCGUUCGGUGUCGCACAUGAUUUAAAUGUUUAGAUAUCUAUAUUAUACAUAUAAAUAUAUAUUAUCCAUAAGCCAGUUAAAUACACAUACACAUGCUACGGUUCAGUUACAGUGGAAGCUUUCUGUCUUCGUUUGCCACAUGUUGGCGUGUGGUAGCUGUACGUGUGUAUAUCUAUAUUUUUUUAAAUCAUCCAUUACCAACACCACAAUGAUAAAUGGUGUGAUAAAUUCUUAACGUUUAAAUGAACUGUGUAAAACCACGAAGAUUAUACAUGCAUAUAUACAUAUACGCAAUCGAUUUAUACAAAAAAAAAACAGAGAGAAUAAAGGGUAGACCUUCACGAAACAGACCAAAACAAAAAUAACAAAAAUAGUUAGCAAACGGCCAAUGCGCCAUGGAGGCACUGCAUGGUAUAGUUAUAAAUGGAGAAAGAGUUAUAAAACACUAACAGGAACCCUCUUUGCAAUGGGUAAAAGGAACAAAAAGACACACACAAUUUGAAGCUCUCUAUUGGUACAGGAAGCUUAAACCUAACCGAGCAGCGAAAACGGUCUUACCUUUGGCGUUGAUAUAAAGUGCAUAAUGCAUCUUACGGCCAGUGUACUGCUUGUUGUACAACGCUUCUCUUUCUCAUCGAUUCCAUACUACUGGUUCAAUCGGCCCAACAACAUCCAAUAGCCGUACCAUGUUGUAAUAACAAAUACACAGUUCCAUUUAAUCUCACUGAUCAGACACAAUAAAACAAAUAUUGGAGAGAAC